UGUUCAGCGAUGGUAUUUUUAUUUACGUUUCGUUUGUUUUCUGUUUUAAGACAGACAGAGGAAGAAAGAGCCUGUGUCCGAGGACAUUUCGAGUAGCUGUUCAGUUUUGUAAACUGGUGGAGUUUCGGUACAGAGGCGGUAUUUCGACAGUCGUUCAGACACCGACCGAUAACAGUCAGAUUUUUUUUGGAUUUUCGCUGAGCUGUCAAGCUGCUCGUCUGUGUCGGGCUGCAAUUGAUUUGCCUUUGUUAGCGUGCUAAGCUAGCCAAAACUACAUAACUGCGAGUCCAACGCGUACACAGCCGGUACUAGUCGCGAUGUUUAGCCCCGUGAAUUCUUCUUAUUUCAGAGUCAGCCCGGCCAUUGUCAACAGAGAACUCGGCAAGACCAAGAUGAGAUAGCAAGAGGGCACAUCGGAGUGCUAACACACGAUUUACUGCGAGGCGGAAUCCUAGCAAAACCGAGAGAAAACGGAGUAAAUACAAUAUAAGAAAAAAACAAUAACACGCACACAGCAUGUUUGGGAAUCUUUUUGAGGAAGAGGAGGAGGACGGUUUCUCUUCCACUUCCUCUAAGGGAAGAGCAGCAAAGGGGGGAGAUGAGCCACCUCCACCUCGAGGAAGAAGCAAUCUGUGCGGCAUCAAGAACCAGGGAGGGACCUGCUACCUCAACUCUCUGCUCCAGACCCUGCUGUUCACCCCCGAGUUCAGAGAGGAGCUGUUCAGUUUGGGGGCAGAUGAAUUAGGAUGUCUGGAGGACAAAGACAAACCAGAGGCUAAAGUCAGAGUGAUCCCACUGGAGCUUCAGAGACUGUUUGCCCGUCUGUUGCUGGUGGACCAGCAGAGCGCCUCCACCGCUGGUCUCACUGACAGCUUUGGCUGGAACAGCAGUGAGGGGACAAAUCAGCAUGAUGUGCAGGAGCUUAACAGGAUUCUGUUCAGUGCCUUGGAGCACUCUCUUGUGGGCACCAGCGGCAGUACAUUUAUUCAUCGGCUCUACCAUGGGACCACUGUCAACAGCAUUGUCUGCAAGGAUUGCGGAAAUGUCAGCCAGAGACAGGAGGACUUCCUUGACCUGACGGUGUGUGUUUGUGGUGUAUCCAGCCUGGAAGAGGCUUUGUGGAACAUGUUUGUGGAAGAAGAGUUGUUUGAGGGCAAUAACCUGUACCGCUGUGCACAGUGUAACAGACUGGUCACUGCUGCCAAGUCUGCCAAGCUGAGGAAGCUGCCUCCAUUCAUGACUAUGUCUUUGCUGAGAUUCAGCUUUGACUUUGCCAAAUUUGAGCGAUACAAGGAGACGGGUCGCUACAGCUUCCCCCUCACCAUCAACCUACGACCAUUUUGUGAACAGACUGAUGGUGAGGACUCUGAUUACACCUAUGAGCUGUUCUCUGUGAUUAUCCAUAAGGGCGGCUGCUAUGGUGGCCAUUACCAUGCUUACAUCAGGGACAUUGAUGAGCUCGGCCAAUGGGAGCCACCGGAGGAGGACUGCAAACCCAAAACUCAGAAGAAAGUCAAAGAGGAGGUCAAGGAAGUGUGUGAGCCAAAACUUCAAGAAGAUGACCCUUUGUCUGUCCUCACUGCUGUUAUUGCCCAGGAGUCCUCAAAGAGUGUCCUGUUGGACCAGCUAGGCCAAAAACUAAUGGAUAAAAUUGGUUCAUCCUGGAGCAAAAAGUUCAGAAAACACUAUGGCCCCAUUGGCAAGUUCCUACAGUCCCACAAUGAAGUUUUCCUGUUGGUGUCCAAUGGCACUCGGGUGGCACUGAAGACAAACCCGCCAAGCCCAGUGACCGAGCCCCCCGGCCCAGCAGAGCCGACCACUAACUCUGAUCCUUCAGCAGCUCCAGAAUCAGGAGGUUCUGAACCACAGCUGGGACCAAAUCAGAAGCCAGAAUCGAAACCAGAGCAGCAGGGUAGCCACUGGUUUGACCUGAACGACUCCGCUGUGACCUCCAUCAGGGAGUCGGACAUAGAGAAGCAGUUCCAGGGCAAAGAGAGCGCCUACAUGCUGUUCUACAGAAAAACACAGCUGCACAGGCCCAGAGAAGCUCUGAAUAAUCCCCAAUAUAAGAUUCCUUCCCACCUCAUCCAGAUGGCUCAGGAGGAAAACAUCAAACUGCAGCAGAUGCGUGAGGUGUUUGAGGCCAGUAAUAACACAGUGGAGCUGCAUCUGCACCUGGCACCCUCCUAUAAGUUAGAAAAUGGAGCCCUGCAGACAGUCCACAAAGAGUCAAAUGGGAGCACGACACUCAGUUUUGACCGUAGGAAGACUGUGGGAGACCUGCGAUUAGCCAUUUAUCAGAUGCAGGAACUCUGGGAGGGAGACAUGGCUCUGACUGUUGCCAAAAGUCUCCCAGCAGGUUUACACCUCUACAACACUCUUACAGAUGAUAGUGUGUCAGUGUACAGUGCAGGAAUCUACACAAACACUGACCUGUUUGUGUGGAAUGGCAGAGAGGUGUGUGGUGCAACUGUCCAAACUGGAGCUGAGUGGGAGCCAGUCCUGCUGACUGUAGUCCGUCCCUUUUUGGGCGAAGAUGUGGAACAAGAGGUGGAGGAUGGGGUGGAAUGUAAGGAGAGCAAGGGAGAUUUUGAAAAUGGGGGGCCAGGGCUUAAAAAGGAGGCAAGAGGGUUUGCAGGUGGCUCAACUCUUGGGGAGGUGAAGGAGGCUUUAGGGGAGCCGAAGGAGAGUCUGCUGUGCCAGGAGCAUAAGGGAGGAAAGAGAAAAGAGCAAGAGGCAGGAGAGGGUGGAGGAGCAAGUGGAUGGAGGGUGUUUCCCCCUGAUGACAUGCAGCGGACUCUGAAGGAGCUGUCGCUGAAAGAUGGAGAUGCUCUGUUGGUGUUGGAGCCACAGUCCUUUGACAGCAGCGUGUUCACCCUAAAUGGAGAUGUCGUCACCGUGACCACACCGUCUGACUGCCGCUGGCUCCAGGUGGAGUUUCGGCCUCAAGUUACAGGAGAGGACGGGGAGAAAGAGGAGGAGAGGAAGAAAAUCAAGGUUCCAGCCACAGGAAAUAUGCUGCUGUCUGAGGUGAAACAAAGGGCUGUAGAGGAGCUGCAGCUGCAGGAACAAACCGCAGGUGCACAGUUCUGUCUGAGGCAGGUCGACUGCACAGGGAAACUCCUUCCUCCAGUAUGUGAGGAGCUGAGUGUUCGAGAUGCAGGAGUACGACUCAUGACCACACUGACUCUCUGUCCGGGAAAUGGCCCCAGGGCAUCACAGCUUUUCUUGCACUUCACUGUGGGUACAGUGCCCUCUGCUGGCAUGGAAUUGGACAUAAUUGUAGAGAAGACUUGCACUGUUAAAGAGUGUCUUAAAGCAAUGCUGGAUGCUGUUGGACUGGAUGGCACGUGUUGGCACUUGAGGAGGCUUGACUGGUGUGAGGAGGUUGGAGAGCCGCUUAUGGAGGAGGAUGCUUCUCUGUCAGAGCUGAAGAUCAGCAACGGGGAGACGUUAGUUGUCACAGAAGGACAUUUGCCUCCGAAGGGUUUUCUCAAGAUGUCUGUAUGGCUAUAUCGGGAUCUGAAAAACGUGGUAUCAGAUUUCAAUCACACUGACAACGGCCCCGCUGAGGAGCAGAUGCUGGAGGUUGUGACUGCAGGUGAAACACACGGUCGGUCACCUCCUCUCUGUGGCGGACACACAGCAGAGCUGAGGAGUGUGGGGCAGGUAGAGAUAUCAGACGAGGCCACUCUGGAGGAUCUCAAAACUCAGGUGUUGACGCUGCCGGCCCUGCAGGAUGUGUGUGUGCCAACCACUGGGUUCAUGCGUGUGUGGCAGCUGGAGGGACGGAGGCUGGCCCGCAUCCUCAGAGGACUACAAGUAACACUCAGGAAGUUGAAGCUGACCAGUGGUUCAGAUAUUUGUGUGCAGCAGCUACUGAAAGAGGAAGAUCUUGGGCUGAAGGAAGUGCUGCUGAACAUUAAGAUGGGCGUGCCGGGGGAGAGGUGUUACUACCCUCCAGAGGAGAUGGUUUGGGACGCAUCCCAUGAUUCCUCUCCUCGCUCUCUACGCACCUGUCUGGCUGCACACUACGGCCUCUCUCCUGACGCUCUGCUGUUGGCUAAACACCAGCCAGACAAACACAUCUGGGAAGAAAUCUCCAACUGGACGCAGCAGGUUUCCAAAAAGAAGAAGAAGAAAAAGGCAGAUUCGCUACUGGGAGCACCAUUCCACCUCAAAGAUGGCGACACAAUCGGCAUCAAGAACCUUCUGAUUGACAACAACAGGGGCUUCAUCACUCUGGAGGAUGAGCAGGGCCAACAGAGGCUCAGGGAGCAGGCAGAGCAGCGCAGGAAAGGAGGGCAGGCUGCAGCCUCUGAUGUUUCUGGACCACAGAAGAAGACUGAACAAGCCAAAUCCAGGAAACCAGAGGUGGCAUUGUCAAUCAAUGUUGGGGUAUUCAGAUAGCACCAUUCUUCCAUAUGUGCAUGGAAAAGUCAGGACUACUUACAGCGCUACAUGCACACACACACACACACACACACACACACACACACACUGAGAUGCCACAUUGCGGUUAGGACAAUCCAACGGAAGUCAGUCUUGUGCCAUUUUUUUUCUAGCGCUGUUUGCAUUCUGUCAUUCUCCACAAAUCUGUUGAAUCGGACUAAAAUCCAAGUCUAAAUUCAUUUCUGAUACUCAUCUUUCUGAAGAGAAAGAAUUUCAUUGUCGGCACUUUAAUUUGCUGUUUUUUUAACAACUGACUAAAAUCUGCAUUUUCAUGCAGUUUAAUUCAUGUUUGUCUUGCUUCAUCUCUCUACAAGCUUUCAAAGUUGCAACAACCACACACGAUCUCUAUCUGGUGAAAUUGCUGUGUUUUUUUUUAAUUUUCUGAGGGAAAACAUUAAGACGGCGUCAACUUCAGGAAAACAUUUUUUUGCUGCAUGGAACAGUACUUCUGUGAUAUUAUAUUGUAAGUUGGCCAGAAAACAGUUUCUACUUUGAGUGUGUUUUUUUUUUUUUUGCUAUUAUAGGCAGUUAGUUAUUGUUCUGACAGUUGUGCUAACUGGAGUUUCUAUGAACUAUCCGGCAGUUGGGGUGGACAUUUAUACUGUAGCCAACAGCCAAUGGCUUUUAAAUUCUGUCUUUCCUCUAAAAUAAGCCACUGAAGGAGGGAAUUGCCUUCACCAAGUCCUGAUAGUCUUUAUAAGGUAACUGGUUGCAGACUAAGUGACUCAGUUUUAUAAUAAAACUCCUUCUGCAACAUGGACAACAAUAUUUCUCCCUAUUGAAGGGUUUGUUUUAGGUCAAUAAUAAAGAGAGGAGAGACAGGCCUUAAUGUGGAGAAGCCUCAGCGCUGCUCUGUGCUCCCUACCUCACUCUCUACCUCUCUCAUGCUACCUCUUCUGCCCUGUUUUUUCUUUUUCUUUUUUUUUAAACCCACAGUUCUUACUGUUGUUCAUAAUUUUAUAUUCCUAACCCUUGAUCGAUUACAGUAAAGCACAGUUAAAGUACUAAGACAAUAACAGUUUAAUGUUUAAGCUCUGUGCGCUUACCAUUGGGAGUGACAGGAUGCAUCAACUUGAUUACAGUGGGUAAAUAAAUAGCUUAGUCGUCCUUUAUUGGGCAUUUCCAGCCUUUGGAGCUGAAAAUUAAAGUGAAAAUUUUCUUUGAGCCUAAUUUUUCAUUUCACACUCAAAUUCAUUAUGUUGAGCAGAAACAUAAUUGUGAUAAAUCAGUGUUUUAAGAUGCCGGAUAAAUUUGCAGUUCUCUUCUGCUUCAGAAAUAUUCUGUAAACACACUCCUUGAUUAUGUGAAAGUAAAGAUCCCUGAAAUUUUAUUGUGGAACAUUUUAUUUUUUUCAGUUGCAUGCACUAUACUGUAUGUGAACUUCAGGGAAUUAAAAAAAAAAAGAUUAUUUAGAUAAUUUAUUUGAAGAAAAAAUAAUUACCAUAUAUGAUGUGAUGGUUUUUUGGGAAAUUUGCUUUAAUUAUUAAAGGUUUUCUAAGCUGCUUCAUACAUUAAUCUGGCCUGGAACGGUGCCAAGUAGAACUUAAAUCUAUUUGUCUGAAGCAAACGCAUAAAACUCUUUGACAGUAUACUCAACAAUAGAGGGAUUUCAUUUUGUAUCAUACAGUAUCAAAUGCUAGUGUUAAUGAUUACAUCUUUGGUGUUAUUGAUAAGGACUGAUCUGCUGUAUUGUAACAGUGGACAUCUGUUUGUAUCCAUGUCAGAUUGUAUUUGCACAAAGUAUUUUAUGAACAAUAAAGGUAUACAGUAGGAAAUGUCA